UCGAAACAAACUGGAAGUUCCCUUUCCAUUUAGUGAGUCCAAAUGAUCCUUUGUUGGACGGCUGAAAACAACCAUUCAACCAAUAGUAAACUCCGCGCUAUUGCCAUUCUAACACAGCCAACCUCUCAGUGUUCUACCUCUUCACAAAGUUCACUCCUUUCAAACCUUAAAUGAUAAAAUAUCAUACUUCUGCACAAGGGUUUUAAUAUUUGGACUGUUUUUUUUUUCCCUCUCUGGGAGUAGGAAAAAAAUGGUCUCUUUCGACCAGUUUUGGAACAGAAACACGGUAACAGGUCUUGGGUUGGGACAGUUUCUUUCCCUUCUCAUCACUUCCACUGGUUUCACCUCUUCAGAAUUGGCCAAAAAAGGAAUUAAUGCACCAACUUCACAGUCGUUUCUAAACUACGUGUUUUUGGCAAUUGUCUAUGGGAGUAUUGUUCUGUAUAGAAGGCAAGCACUCAAGGCAAAAUGGUAUUAUUACAUAAUUCUUGGAUUGGUUGAUGUUGAAGCAAACUUUCUUGUUGUAAAGGCGUAUCAAUACACAUCACUAACAAGUGUGAUGCUGCUUGACUGUUGGUCCAUCCCAUGUGUCAUGCUUCUUACGUGGAUUUUCUUGAAAACAAAAUAUAGAUUCAAAAAGAUAACUGGUGUAGUUGUUUGCAUUGCUGGCCUUGUCCUGGUUGUAUUUUCAGACGUCCAUGCAAGCGACAGAGCAAGUGGAAGCAACCCUCGUAUAGGUGAUCUUCUUGUUAUUGCUGGUGCUACAUUGUAUGCUGUCAGCAACGUCAGUGAGGAGUUUCUGGUGAAAAAUGCUGAUAGAGUUGAAUUGAUGGCAAUGCUGGGUCUCUUUGGUGGCAUUGUUAGUGCCAUUCAAAUAAGCAUACUUGAGCGCAAUGAGCUCAAAUCUAUUCACUGGUCAGCUGGGGCAGCCCUUCCUUUUGUUGGAUUUGCAGUGGCUAUGUUCUUGUUUUACUCUUUAGUCCCAGUCCUACUUAAGAUGAAUGGUUCAACUAUGUUAAAUCUGUCUCUAUUGACCUCUGACAUGUGGGCUGUCUUAAUUCGGAUUUUUGCUUACCAUGAAAAGGUUGAUUGGAUGUAUUUUGUGGCUUUUGGUGUUGUUGUUGUUGGUCUUAUCAUCUAUUCUGUAGGUGAGAAAGAUGAGAAUCAAGACCCUCUUCAUGUUGCUGAAGAUGCUGACCAAAGACAAAGACAGCAUGAUGAAGAAGCUACUACUUCAGGUAAAUCAUAAUAUAACAGAACUCAGGCUGGGAGCUCAAAAAACUAAGCACGCCUUAAGAGGUGCUUGAAGGGUGAAGUCGUGAGAAUUCAGAUUUCAGAAUAAGCAUUCGAUUCGAUUCAAUUUGUGCUGAUGGAAUUGAGUUUCUUGGAAGUUGAUAGGAAAAUUUCAGUCAAUAAUAGUUUUCUAAAUUUGAUAUUUAAUUACUUUGAAGAAAGAAAAUAUAUAAGAUAGAUUUCCGGAGAUAAUGAGUAGCAGCCAUUUAUUAUUUUCGUGUGAAAUUUAGGAUGUACUUAGGUUUUGGAUUAUCCUGUGACAGUUUUGAAUUUAUUCAUCCCCAUGAUUGGGAGCAAUUGUUAAUGGUACCCUUCUUCGAUGUCCAA